AUGGGUGAAUCGGAAACAGAAGUGUCAAUAAAAGACGUUUAUAUACUCCUGAAGGAAGUUAACAAGAAUUUGAGUCAGAGAAUUGAGAACAUCGAAGAAUCAACGAAUAACCUGGCAAAAGUGUUACAUUCAGAAGUUGAAACUAUUAGAAAAAAAGCGGACAAACUGGAAGAAGAAAAUAAAAUACUGAAACAACAACUCAACAAAAUCGAAAGAAAAAUUAUUACCAAUAAUCUUGUGCUGUACGGUUUACAAGAAACACCGGAAGAAAGCAAAGAAAAUCUAAUUUCAUCCAUCACACAUUUAUUCAGAAAUAAAUUGGAAGUCCACCUGGAAAACAGCCAAAUCAAUAAUAUAUUCAGAUUAGGUAAAAGAAACACUCAUAAUAGACCAAUUUUAUUAUCACUCACUACAUACCUCAAAAAAAGUGAAAUCCUGAGAAAUUGUUCAAAAUUGAAAGGUACGGGAAUAGUAGUGUGUGAAGAACUGACAACGAAGGACCUGGAGGACAGAAAAAUACUACUGGGAAGUUUAAAAGAAGCAAGAGCCAAAAAUAAGCACGCAGUUAUUAAAGGCAGAACACUGAUUAUAGAAGGAGAGGCCUACACAGUAGAAGACAUACAGAAUUUCGAUAAAGGAAACGAUUAUCCUACCUCACCCAAUAUCGAAAGAAACGUACAAAGCGAACCGUCCACCCCUUCUCCUAAAGAAGUAGAUUUAGAAGAAGAUCCAGCAAUCCAAUCAUCUAUAGAUUCGGAACAAGAAAAAGCAACCAAUUCAAAAGGAGUGUUUGCAAGCAAAGAGGCUCAAAAUCAGUCAAAAAUCACCACCAAGACGCGUAACAUCUCAUCAAACGAAACUCCCAAGAAAACAACAGAAAUACAUAGAGCCUUGAGGAACCAGAAGAAAAAUCUGCUAGCUAGCAAACGCUAA